AUGGGGAUCCGCGCCGCCGCCAGCCACCUCCCACCUCUCCUCCUCCGCCACUUGGCGCUGUCCCCGCCGCCAGCCACCACCCAGCGCCGUCGCCAAGUCAGCGGAGACGCCGCCCGUGGCCACUCCCCGUGCGCCACGUCUCCCUCCCGCGCCCCAACCGCCGCGGCCCGCCCGAGCCCGGGCCAGGCCCGCGAAGCCCAUCGGAGCCCGCGCCGGAGGCCGCUCUGCGCCGCCGCCCGCAGCGCUCGCCUCCCUGGCCGAGGCGCCCUGCUCGCCUGGCUCCUCCCCAUCGUCGCUCCCCGCCGCCUCGCGCCUCCCUCGUCCGGAUCGGGCAGGGCCCGAACCACCUCGCUGUCGUGCUGCCCUGGCAGGUCGCCGGAGCAGCUCCUCCGCCCCGCCGCCAUCCUCUGGAAGGCUAGUCGUCGUCGCCCCCUUCUCCUUCUCCUCCUUCGGUUCUCUCCCUCACCGUAUCUGCACCGCAGGGAACCGCCGCCGCCGCCCUUGGAGCAUCACCGUCGCCGGAUCCGGCCAUCUCCGACGUCCGCCGCCUCCUCGCCGGCCUUCCAAGCCCUGCCGGAGCCCCCCCUGUUCCCGCGCCGUCGCCGUGCCAUGGCCUCGGUCGGCCUCGUCGGGAAGGACGGCGCGCUCGCCGCCGCCACGUGGGCCCUGCGGCCCAUCCGAAGCCCCUCCAAGGCCCAGCCGAACUCCCCGCAGCCUAGCCCAGCGUCGGGCUCUGCCCGGCCUGCCUCCUCCUCCUUCUGGGCCGAAGCCCAAUGGGUGAGCGCCAUAUUCCUCGCCCGCGGUGCUGCUUAA